GGGAAGCAAAGACAGCAUUAGCACAAUGGCUAAAAUAAACAAAAAAGUAACUCCAUUCGUCUAUUAAUAUUGGAGGAUCCAGACUGUUUCUAAGCUACUAUACAUGACAAUAAACUAAACUACUUUAACCGGUAGAAUCACGUACAUACGGACAGUUUAUCCUUUAUACAAUUGCCAUGGAAUAAAGAGGACAACUCGGGACAGGAUGACCAGCGGAGGCAAUAAGAGACCAAAGCUGACACAGAAAACCAAAUGAACGAGGAGACCAGUUGAGACAUGGAUACCUCCAUUCGCUAUGAUCAAUACCCUUCCUCUGACACUGACCAUGGACUGAAAUUCAUCCCACAAAGAGGUCUGUAUGGCAAAGUGGUUUAUAUCCUUUAUGGUGUUUUGGUACUCCUCCUGUUAAUUCUACUACUGAUUACCGGACUCAAAUUCUCGCAGUUGAACCAGGAUUUGGCUGAUGUAAAGCUUUCCCUUCUGACCCUGGAUAAGUCUGUGAAGGAUAGAAAAGCUGCAUCAAUCAAUUCAGGAUCCAUAGAAAAAUUGGUCCAUGAUUAUGAUGAAUCUAUUAUACCAGAGAGAGGUCCAUGUGAUGAAGGCUGGAUGCAUCACCAAUCAAGGUGCUACUUUAUGUCCAAAUCAGAGGUAAACUGGCAUGAAGCAGAAGAUCAAUGUCACAACCACGAGGCACACUUGGCUGUCCUCAACACAGUUAACAAACUGGAGUACAUCUCAAGAAUGUUGAAUGAUGGACAGCAAUACUGGAUUGGACUUGUUGAGAGAGAUACAGAGGGUAAAUGGUCCUGGGUAGAUGGAACUGACUUCAAAACUUCUGCAAAGUUCUGGGAUGAAGGACAGCCAGACAACUGGGACAUACGUGUGGAUGGGGAGGACUGCGGGCAGAUUCAUGGUAUUAAACGUGGACAAACGCACCGGCAUUGGAAUGAUGCAGACUGUUCUUUAAACUAUCGAUACAUUUGUGAAGCACUGGAAAAACCCAAACCUUUAUAGAUUCAUUCACUCUUGUCUGCUGACUUGAGACCGCUCCUCAAACACUACACACUCAGGGCACAGAAAAGGUCAACUUGGAAUCCUGGUGGUCUCAAUAGGAAAAGGCCAACAAUGCAAAUAAGGUUGUUUAGAACUUUGAAAAUAGGAUGAAAUAUAACAUAGAUUUUUUAUUCUUCUGUGGUCUAACAAUACAUAUUUUGUUUGGUUUAAAACAAUACAAUAAAACAGUCCUGAGAUGUU